AUGAUUCAUGAAGUGUUUGCUGAGUUCGUUUGUAGCUUUUAUCUCUUUGACUACAUCUUGGGGACGAGUAAACCGGAGGUAGUAGGAGAUACAACAAUGGCAGCAACUCUCAUUUCCCUCCAAAUCCAACAACUCUCAAUCCCAUUCUCACCAAAAUCAAAUCCCCACAAACGCUUAACAAUCAAAUGCAAAAAACCCAACAUAUCAACAUCCCAAACCACCAAAACACACGACGACGGAAUCCCAACCGACUACGUCAAAACCCUAGCCCGAUUCAAAUCACGACACAACUUCAUCAGAGUCCUCGAAGUCUCCCGUAAAUCGGACCACCCAUUCGCCGGUUCAAGGCUCCUGUUACUAGACACCCCUGGCAACAUUCACAGCAUCUCAUUUCUUCUAAAACUACUCACCGGAACAUACUUCGACGUUUUCGCUACACUCCCACCCAUUUUACCCCCCGGACCUUUGGGAAUUCUCGGGUUCGGAGCCGGGUCAGCUGCUAAAUUGAUAUUAGAGCUGUACCCACAAGGUGUGGUUCACGGGUGGGAGCUUGACCCGGCGGUUAUUUCCGUUGGGAGAGAGUUUUUCGGGCUCGAAAAGCUUGAAAGACAAUACCCGGAUAGGCUGUUUGUCUACGUGGGCAAUGCGUUGACUGCGAAGGUUGACUCUGGGUUUGCUGGGUUGUUGGUUGAUUUGUUUAGUAAAGGGUGUUUGAUCCCGGAGUUGCAGGAUCCGGAUACUUGGGUGAAGAUGAAGAAGAAGUUGAGAGAAGGUGGGAGGAUUAUGGUGAAUGUUGGUGGGAGUUGUGUGGAGGCUGAGGAUUCUAGGAGGGAUGGGAAGGUGGUUAUGGAGGAGACGUUGAAGGCGAUGGAGACCGUGUUUCCGGGUCAGGUGUGUGUGUUGAAUCUUGGUAGGAAGGAUGAUAGUUCGAUUGCGCUUACGGGGAAAUUGCCUGAUUCGGAGUUGUGGAAGAAGAGUUUGCCUAAAUCUUUGAGGUUUUAUGUUGAUAUGUGGAAACCUUUCAGGGUAUAGUAUUUUAGUUCAAGAGUCUGCUUUGUAAUGAAUGGUGUGACAAUUUGCACAUAACCUGUUCGACAAAAUGCCUCACAGAACUAUGUUUUGGUUGUAUGGAUGGUAUCUUUUUUUUAUGCAAGUAGACUUGAUUAAGAAAA